AUGCACGCCCGCUGGAUCACUUUCUUACAUAAGUUUAGCUUUGUACUUCGCCAUAAAUCUGGAUCUCAAAACCGUGUAGCUGAUGCGCUUAGCCGCCGGACAGCGUUGCUCACUCAGAUACAAACGGACAUGCAAGGAAUUCAAUCUUUACAGGAACUGUACGCGGAUGAUAAGGACUUCGCAGAACCUUGGACCCAGCUGACGCAGCAACCAAUGAAUCCUGUAGGAGAUUUCUCCAUUCGGCAUGAUUUCUUAUUCAAAGGAAAUCAACUUUGUGUUCCGGAAUCCUCCUGGCGUGAACACCUGAUUAAAGAACUUCACAGCGGCGGUCUGGCAGCACAUGUGGGGCAAACGAAGACUUUAGAGCAGGUGCAGCAUCGUUUUACUGGCCUCACCUUCGCCGCGACGUCAUUCGUUUUGUAG